AAACACCAUUCAUUGUACGGGAAUCCGUUUCCCACUUGUUUCUUCCAAUAAAUUAACUAUACCUUCUCUUUCACAAACACAUCAUUCAUCCCCUUCUUUUUUCUCUCUAUCUUUUCCUCUUUCUUUUUUUUUGCCCUAUUUCAAUUAGGGUUUCCACGAUUUCAUACAUACCUUCCUAAUUCUUCUUUUUCAUAUGCAUAUUUGCCUUCAAUACUCACACACCAUAAUCACCGUCUUCUUAUUGUUCUUCUUUGCUGCUUUUUUUGCUCUCUUUCGAGGGUUCUUUUCUGGAAAACACUGCACACGGUUGUUUCAGCUGUGCCCAUGUCUCAAGUCUUCGGCUUUUCCGGUGAUAACUUUUGCCCUUCUGGGUCAAUAUACACAAACCCCAAGGAAGCAAGUUUCUUCCCGUCUCUUGGUCAUCAAGUUGAUGCCUACUUUCCUCCUCAGAAGAGAUCACGCGUCAGUGUUCCAUUUGUUUUCGAUGGAGAAUGGUUCACGCAGAAACAAAAAACAUCUAUUGAAUCUUUGCCAGAUGAGUGCCUCUUUGAGAUAUUUAGAAGGUUGCCGGUAGGUGAAGAAAGGAGUUCAUGUGCUUGUGUUUCCAAACGGUGGCUUAUGCUUCUAAGCAAUAUUUGCAAGAGUGAAAUCUGUAGCAACAAAAGUGAUGACGAGAAUAAAAUGGAAGGUGUCAGUGAAGAGUUUGGAGGUGAGGGAUACCUUUCCCGGAGUUUGGAAGGAAAGAAGGCAACAGAUGUUAGACUUGCUGCCAUUGCAGUUGGAACUGCAUCACGAGGAGGAUUGGGGAAGCUUUCCAUCCGUGGAAGCAACUCGGGUUGCGGGGUGACUGCUCUAGGUCUCAAAGCAGUUGCUAGUGGAUGCCCUUCUCUAAAGGCUCUUUCUCUAUGGAAUGUUUCUUCUGUUGGUGAUGAAGGCCUAAUUGAGAUUGCUAGUGGAUGUCAACAGCUAGAGAAGCUUGACCUUUGCAAAUGCCCUGCAAUUUCUGACAAGGCUUUAAUCGCAGUUGCAAAGAACUGUCCAAAUCUGACCGAGCUAUCAUUAGAGUCGUGCUCUAACAUUCACAAUGAAGGUCUACAAGCCAUUGGAAAGUGCUGCCCCAAUCUAAAGUCUAUGUCUAUCAAGGACUGUGCCGGUGUUGGUGAUCAGGGAAUCGCUGGCUUGUUUUCUUCAACUUCUUUGGCUCUGACAAAGGUGAAGCUCCAGGCACUGACUAUUUCUGAUCUCUCUCUAGCUGUUAUUGGACAUUAUGGCAAAACAGUUACUGAUCUUGUCCUUAAUUUCCUCCCAAAUGUUAGUGAGAGGGGAUUCUGGGUUAUGGGCAAUGGUAAUGGAUUGCAUAAACUGAAGUCACUCACAAUUGCCUCCUGCAGAGGAGUAACAGAUGUCGGCCUUGAAGCUAUUGGAAAGGGUUGUCCUAAUCUGAAAAGCGUUCAACUUCUUAAGUGUGCAUUUCUCUCAAACAAUGGAUUGAUUUCAUUCACCAAGGCUGCUUCAUCACUUGAAAGUCUACAAUUGGAAGAGUGCCACCGAAUUACCCAAUUCGGGUUUUUCGGCGUCCUUUUUAACUGUGGUGCAAAAUUGAAGGCUAUUUCUCUGGCAAGUUGCUAUGGAAUCAAAGAUCUGGACUUGGAAUUGUCGCCAGUAUCUCCUUGUGAAUCACUUCGUUCAUUAUCGAUCCGUAACUGCCCUGGAUUUGGCAAUGCUACGUUAUCUGUAAUGGGAAAGUUGUGCCCGCAGCUUCAACAGGUUGAGUUGACUGGACUUAAGGGAGUGAACGAUGCUGGGUUGCUUCCACUGCUUGAGAGCUCUGAGGCUGGUCUGAUUAAAGUUAAUCUUAGCGGCUGUGUAAAUCUUACAGACAAAGUAGUUUCAUCCCUCGUCAAUCUGCAUGGUUGGACUCUUGAGCUUCUGAACCUCGAAGGAUGUAAAAAUAUUAGCAAUGCUAGCUUGGUAGCAAUUGCUGAACAUUGCCAAUUGCUGUCUGAUCUUGAUGUUUCCAUGUGUGCAAUCUCUGAUGCUGGGAUAGCUUCCCUGGCACACGCCAAACAGUUAAACCUACAGGUUCUUUCUCUAUCAGGUUGCACUUUGGUUACGGACAGGAGUUUGCCUGCUUUGAGAAAAUUGGGCCACACCCUUUUGGGACUGAAUAUCCAGCAUUGCAAUUCAAUCAGCAGCAGCGCGGUUGAAAUGCUUGUGGAACUUCUUUGGAGGUGUGACAUCCUCUCAUAAACUGCAAGAUUUAACCUCACUCGGCAGUUUAUGCUCGUGUCAGAACACACAGGAGGCUAGUUACACAUCUAUUAUGAUUAGCGUUGCAUGGUAGUUUUUUGGUCCAUUAACUGUGGGUCUUGAUCAUCAUCCAGUGACUCGGGUCCCUUUUUCCGGAGUAUGCAGUCAUUUAGCCACCAUUUUUGCAGAUUCCAUUAACUGGAAUUCUGUUCUCGGCACCAUAUUUUUGGUUGCCACCUUUUAAAUGGCUGCAUAUCUCUGAGAACGCAGCUACCGGGUUCUGGAGUUAGGAAUCUUUGUUUACUUUCGUUGGCACCCGAUGUUUUUGAGCUCGGCUUUGCAUCGGUUUUGCCAGUGUCUUAUUUCCCUGUUUAUGUUUUUACAGUUAUCUGUACCAUGGUGUCUAUAGAUGUUUUCGCUUGAAGGUCAGUUUUGACAUUUGUGCUUUUGUUAGGGUGGUUACAGUUGUCAGGUUCGGAGUUAUGAUGCCUUGUUUUUUGGGGUCCUUGGCCGUGGCAGCGAAGUUAUACUGGUCUGCCAUGACAAUCUUCUUCCUUCGGGAAAGGUUGUUUUUUUAUACCAAGGCCCUAGUUUUUUGAAGGCUUCAUUUUUUUAUGAACUUGUCACUGUAACAACUUCUAUAUUGUGUAUUCAUGCUGAUAUCUGCCUUUUGGGUUGUAUGGUAUAUUACCACAAUGAUGAAAUAAAAUUGCAGUUUCUUUCCAAAA